UGUGCCUGUUGGUGAGGUGCAGUGUGCUGCAUAGAGGCACAGAAAGAGUCCUGUGAGUCAGCCAUGCUGCUGGACCAACUUGCUGCUGGGAUGAUUGCAGUGGUCUAUGGAUUCCUGCUUCUUCCACUCCUGAUCCAGGGCCAGGCCCCAGCCAGCCCCAUCAGAACCACACACACCGGGCAAGUGCGGGGCAGCCUCAUCCAUGUGAAGGAUAGCAAUGUGGGAGUGCACACCUUCCUGGGCAUUCCCUUUGCCAAGCCACCUGUAGGACCACUGCGGUUUGCCCCUCCUGAGCCCCCUGAACCUUGGAGUGGUGUGAGGGAUGCCACCUCCUACCCAGCCAUGUGUUUGCAAAAUUCUGAUCCUAUGGUCAAUGUCACAAUACCACCAAUCUCUAUGUCUGAAGAUUGCCUUUAUCUCAACAUCUAUUCACCUACCAGUGCCCUGGAGGGCUCUAACCUGCCUGUGAUGGUGUGGAUCCAUGGUGGUGGACUGGUUACAGGUUUGGCUUCUAUCAAUGAUGGAUCCCGGCUGGCAGCCACUGAGGAUGUGGUGGUGGUUAUUAUGCAAUACCGCCUGGGAGUCCUGGGCUUCUUCAGCACUGGAGACCAGCAUGCCACUGGCAACUGGGGCUACCUGGACCAGGUGGCCGCCCUACGCUGGGUCCAACAGAAUAUCGCCCACUUUGGAGGCAACUCUGGCUGUGUCACCAUUUUUGGCCAGUCUGCAGGUGGCACAAGUGUGUCCUCACAUGUCGUGUCCCCCAUGUCCCAAGGACUCUUCCAUCGUGCCAUCAUGGAGAGUGGGGUGGCCCUGGCACCAGCCCUCAUCUCCAGCUCCUCUGAACCAGUCCCCUCAAUGGUGGCCAACCUGUCUGCCUGUGAGCAGGUGGACUCAGAGGCCCUGGUCCACUGCCUGAGGGCCAAAAGUGAAGAGGAAAUGCUGGCUAUUACCAAGACCUUCAGGAUCAUCCCUGGAGUGGUGGAUGGCUUCUUCCUGCCCAGGCAUCCAAAGGAGAUGCUCAUCUCUGCAGAAUUCCACCCUGUCCUUAGUAUCAUAGGUGUCAACACUGAUGAGUAUUCCUGGGUCAUCCCCAAGGUCCUGGGACAUCUUGACACCAUAAAGGGAAUAAAUAAAAGCACGUUGCCAGCUGUUAUGCAGAACAUGGUAGGACACAUGAACUUGCCUGCUGAGUGUGCCCACCUGCUGAUGGAAGAGUACAUGGGGGACACCGAGGACCCCCAGACCCUCCAAGCCCAGUUCCAAGACAUGAUGGGAGACUUCAUGAUUGUGAUUCCUUCAUUGCAAGUAGCACAUUUUCAGAGUUCCCAUGCCCCUGUCUACUUCUAUGAGUUCCAACAUCGUAAGAACUUGACCUCAAAACCCAGGGCCCCACAUGUGAGGGCCGAUCAUGGAGAUGAGGUUGUCUUUGUCUUCGGAUCUUCCUUGUAUGGCAGCAACCCUGACUUUUCUGAGGAAGAGGAACUACUGAACAGGAGGAUGAUGAAGUACUGGGCCAACUUUGCCCGCAAUGGGAACCCCAACAGUGAAGACCUGCUCCAUUGGCCCAUGUUUGACCAGAAGGAGCAUUACCUACAACUUGGUAUCCAUCCUGCUGUGGGCCAGGCCCUGAAGGCCUCCAGGCUGAAGUUCUGGACCAAGACCCUGCCACAGAAGAUCCAGGAGCUCAAAGGGGCUGAGCAGAAACACAUAGAGCUGUAGUGGUCUAUGUUGGAAGGACUGGGCUUGAGUGCCGGUAGGGUCAGCAGGAGGUGCUCAAGUGUUCAUCCUCUGUUUAUCCAGCCUGCCAGCCACCCAACUAGACGAUACUUAUGAACAACUGCCUGCAUGAUGUGCAUGACCCACUUGCCUGAGCACUCUCUUGUUAGACACACUCA